AGAAAACAGUGCAGAUGAUCCUCAGAUGCAGCUCCAGUGAAUUGUGGAAUCAUGACUUACAUUCACAGUAUGGCGAUUGGCUUGGUGGCUCUUGUAACGGUUAUGUUAGUUCUCUCCUAUGCAAAAUCUGUGUGGAGGAGACGGAAGAUGCCCCCUGGCCCAUUCCCUCUGCCAAUUUUAGGGAACUAUCUGCAGCUCAAGUCUGAAGGGCUGGUGCCUAGUUUAAUAAAGAUGUCUGAAAAGUUUGGUCCCAUUUACACUAUUUACAUGGGCUCCAGACCUGCCAUAGUUUUGACAGGGUACCAAGCUAUAAAGGAGGCACUAGUCGACCUGGGAGAUACCUUUCUAAAUCGAGGAGAUCUUCCCGUACUUGAUCGUAUCUUCAGUUAUAGAGGAUUAACUUUUGUAAAUGGAGAGUCCUGGAAGCAGUUAAGGCAAUUUUCUCUCAUGACUCUUAAGGAUUUUGGAAUGGGCAAGAAGAGCUUAGAAGAACCCAUACAGGCAGAAGCACAGCAUCUUGUGGAAUUUUACAUAACCUUAAAUGGACAGCCAUUUAACCCCAGCACCACUGUGGCCUGUGCCUCCUCCAAUAUUGUGACAAACAUACUGCUGGGAACACGCUAUGACUACACAGACAAGAAGUGGAUGAAGAUUCUCCAAGACACAUGCCAUGCGUUUCAUAUAGUCUCGUCAAUCUGGGGUCAGCUAUAUGAUAUGUUUCCUACGAUUAUGCAAUUGUUACCUGGACCCCACAAAAAAAUAUUUCAUCUUCUCAAACCACUUGAAGAGAAUAUAAAGGAGAACGUCAGAACUCACCAGGAGACAAUGGAUCCCUCCUGUCCUCGCGAUUAUACAGAUUGUUUCCUCAUCAGAAUGAAACAGGAGGAGAAGAAUCAUCAUACUUUUAAUAUGGCAAGCCUCACAAAAACAGUAUUUGACAUGAUUUUAGGAGCGUCAGAGAGCAGUACAGCUACAGUAAACUUUGGUUUCUUAAUACUUAUAAAGUAUCCAGAACUACAAGAUAAACUGCAUGAGGAGAUUGAUCGGGUGAUUGGCCAAAUGCGGCAACCUAGGGUGGAAGACAGGAACCAGAUGCCAUAUGUGAAUGCAUUUUUGCAUGAAAUACAGCGAUUUAGUGAUGUCUUUCCAAUGGGUAUUGCUCGAUCCACCACCAGAGAUGUGACCUUUCAUGGGUAUUGCAUUCCCAAGGGCACAGAUGUCAUUCCCAUGCUAUCCACUGUAUUAUGGGACCCGUUGCACUUUGAAACUCCUGGAGAAUUCAAUAUUAAACAUUUCCUGGAUGAAAGUGGAAAAUUUAAGAAAAAUAAUGGAUUUAUGCCAUUUUCUGCAGGGAAAAGGUCAUGUGUUGCUGAAAGUUUGGUGCGUCUUCAACUCUUCAUUUUCUUCAGCAUGAUCCUGCAAAAGCUCACCCUGAAAUCUACAGUGGACCCCAAGGAUCUUGAUAUCUCUCCUGAAGAAUGUGGCUUGGAAAACCUUCCUCCAGCACACAAUAUAAUCUUUAUACCUCGCGUUAAAUAAAAAUCAGUUGAACAGAUGCAAUUUACUGUAAAUUUAAUAAUUUCCCAUAAUGCAAUUGAGUAUGGUAUGCAGAACUGUAAUAAUAAUCUGAGGUGCCUGGAUAGAAGAAGCCCACCGCUAUUCCAAUUAUGUAAUAACAAUGUAUAUGUUAGUGAAUGCGUACAGACAUUUAUACCAAACAGUCAAUGGACCUGAGUCAGUGGUUGUGAGUCGAAUACAACACUGACAUUUAGGAGAGCAAAAUGACUGCAUAGGAAUAGACAGAGUUAAACCUCCUGUGAGGGGUGGACCUAACUGUUAGGAAAAGUACAGCCCAUGGUAGAGAGGGGAGGGUUCAGUAUAUAUAAGGACUGCUAGGCCAGCUUGGUCUUUCUUGCUGCUGAAUUGCCUUCCCGCCCUCCCUCCCUGUUUGGUAGAGGUUCUGGCACGGAGUGCCUUGGCUUUGAAUUUUAGUAUGGUUUAUCGUUGUCUAUUUGUUGGCGGAAAAGAACGGCAGGUUGUAGUUUGUCUUGUUAGUUGCAGUGAUUUACAGUUUGGUGUGGUUCAGGUGCACUCACCUCCAUUGACUUUUAAGGCCGCUAGACCACCCGUCAGGGGGCAGCGUCAUCACCCAUCAGGGUGGGUAGUCAGCGUGGAGGUCUGAGUCGGGCACCUACUGUAUUACCUAUUUUAUGGUUUGUGUUAAAUUAGGAUCGUUUAGAAGUUUAAUGUUUUGAGGUUAUCGUCAGUUGAAUAUAGCCGUUCUUUUUUCUGCCACCAUAUGCCGGCUGAAUCGGCAUGUUAACUAAAAUUUUCAUUUUACAGGUUUUCUAAUGGUUAGGGUACAAUAAAUAGCAAACAAUUUU